AGCACAUUGCUGCUAUCGAGUAUCAAAUAUCGGACAUCGAUAGCGCUUAAUUGUUUUUGUUGUUUUCCUGGAGACGCGUGUGUGUGUUUUGCCCGUGAUAAUUUAUUUAUUUUCCCGUUCCGUUUGUUUAUGCACUAUAAUUUAAGUUAAGUUUUUUAGCACAGUCGCAGGACCAGCUGCACCGGCUGCACCAUGGAGCCCCCAGCUGCUGGCAAUCUGCUGGAGAUCAUGGACCUGGCCCGCACACUUCGCCAGGAGCAGCUCUUCAUCCAGCAGGAACAGGCGGCCUUUGCCCAACUCACUGGGGCCUUGGAAACGAAUGCAGGGACCAUAACCAAGUUGGCCUUUGUGUGUGCCCAGCAACGGCAGAUUCUGAAUGAGCUGCUUCUAGCACGGACGGAUCACGAUCCUUUGCUCUCCUGCCGCCGGGCGAGUGCCUACGACAGUGCCCAGUUCAUGGACGCCAAGCAGCUGCUGCCCUAUGAGCACGCCUUGGCCUAUGAGGAUCUGUUCAACUACCUGUAUAAUACACCCUAUUUGUUGGCCCUUUCCCUGGCCACCGCGGAUCGCUUAUCGCUGCUUUCGGCCAGCCAACUUGGCCAGAUUAUCAAUACCAUUGCCACCGGUCUUUAUGGCAAUGCCAUCAAUACCAAGGAUGUUGAGCUACUGCUUAAAUUGCUGCGAGAACUGAUUGAAAUCCAAUUGCUGACCAGCGAACAGCCCAGGCGUCUGCUGCGUACCAAUAGCAGCUCCUUUGCACGACUUUAUCAGCGUCUGGUGGAGAGCCUGUUCUCGGCGAGGAUUUUCCUAACUGCCGCCCUGCAUGCGCCGCUGAUGGGUGUGCUGAGUGAGCAUGAGAUUUGGCUGGAUUUGGAUCCGCACAAGCUAAUGCAAAGCUUUACGCCAAAGGAGCGCGAGAAGCGCUUCGGACGGGAGGGCGAUGAGGAGUACCAGAGGAAUGUGACACGUUUUCAUGCGGAAACAUUGGGUAAACUGCACUCACAUGUCCAGGAGUUUGUGAAGAGCUUGCAACAGAGUUGGGCUCUUUUUCCCAGCUCACUGAGAUGGCUACUCCAAACGUUGAGCCAGCAGCUCCGGCAGUCGUUGCGCCACGAGGAGCAGGAUAUUCGACAGCUGCUCACCGAUUUAGUAUUCACACACUUUAUAUCGCCAGCCAUUGCCAGCGCUGAUCUUCUGGGCAUCAUUGAUGUUAAUGUGAGCGAACGGAUGCGGCACAAUCUGAAUCAGAUUGUAAGAUUGCUCCAACGACUGGCCCUCAACGAUGAGGACAGCGAACUGGUGCACCUGAUGGAUCUGCUUAUGCUGGGACAGACUGGCGAGGAUGUGGUGGCCAUACUGCCGCAACAAAGUGACUUUGAGCGCUCCCAACUGGCCAUCAAUCAGAGGGAACUGGCGCAGCUUGUGGAGUUCUUUCGUUUGCUCACUGCCAGAGAGGAAUACGAUAUAUCCGCCGAGGAGAGAGCCCGUCUCCAGAGGAUUCUCAGCAGGAUACCCAAGCAGCAGCAGCAGCUGCAACAGCAAAUGCCGCUGGAUGUGCCGGAUUCCCGAGAGAGUCCGGAGAAGAGCAGCAAAAAAAGCAACAAGAGUCUGAUGAGCCUGAGCAAGGCCACCAAAAAGCUGGCCAAAGGGAUGAGUUUCAGCAGUGGCAGCAGCAGUAGUAACCACAAUCCUGUUGUAGUUCCAGUUCCAGAGCUUCUCACCAAUGGCCAGGCCAACACUUCGAAUGGCAACGGUGGAUUGGGCGCCGAUCUCGAGCAGUGCUCCUCGCACAGCGGCAGCAACACCAGCUUGAGUUCCUGCGGAGCUAAUAUUGCGGCCGCCAAUGAUCCUCUGGAUAUGUCCGCCUGCUCGGAUCCUGUGCUGGUAUUUAGCAUAUAUAAUGCGGGAGCAAAAAGCAAACUGAAGCCCCUGACGGAGGAGGAAGUCUUGAAGAUGAACUGCAUCGGUCAGGAUGGCAGCAAUCUGCUGCCAGCCGUCGUGACCACAGCUCCACUGGCGCCCUCUUCGAACAACGAUGAUGUGAGCAGUCUGGAGGCCAUGCGGAGGCCGCAGGAUGACGCUUCGAUCGGGAACUCGGAUAAUUUGGAGGCCAUCAGUGAGGCAGCCCAUUCGGUGGCCAGUUCGCUGGACCUGGAGGAGCAGCAGGAGCGGGAUGUUCAUGAAAACGAGGACAACCUAUCCGAUAUGGUCUCGGCGAAUGUUUCGGGUCGGGGAACGCCGAAUAUCAGUGGUCGCGAUACACCCUCAUCGCAGGUAACCGAUGGCGAUGGCGCUGGCGGCGAUUUGGGCCACCAUCAUGGCGUUCAUGCCCGGGCAGCUGCCAAUCCGCAAAUGCAAAAGAUGCUGCUAUCCAAGGCUAGAUCCGACAUUGAGGAUAAGUUCUGUAAAUUUGAGCUGAAAAAGUUCGAGGGCGAUGAGAAUGUGAGCAUUAUUUCGGACACUUGGUCGACGGAUGUGCUGGCCUCAGAUUCGGAGAACACUCUGGAUGCCACGGUGAGCGAGCGUGGUGACAGGGACAGGAACUUCUCCACACCACUAAUACCCUCCGCCGUCGUCCUGCCCGGCGAUAAUAAUUUCGUGGUCGAGGCUUUGGCCAGAGCCGGCAGAGUUCCGGGCGUCCAUGGACCACAGUUGGAUGCCUCGGAUCAACGAUCGGAGAGCAAUUGGAGCACCGAUGUCUUGGCCAGUGAUUCGGAGAAGUUGGCCGAAAUAGAUACGGAUGACAAUGUUUCCAUCACAGCCAAAUCGGAUACGGCGGCGCCACAGGCAGCCGUCCUGGACGACGACGAUGAGGAUGAGCAGACGCCGGGCAGCAGUGGCGAUGGUGAACCCGAUCCAGAUCGGGGAAAUGGCAGCGAGCGCAGCCAGGAGGAUUCGGCUUUCUUUGAUGCUGUUAACUCCUAUGACGAUGCCAAUCUCUAUCAGGGCGCUUCCUCGUUGGCCAGGAGCUCGGUGCGAACCAGCUACCAUGUCCUGGGCGGCGAGAGCAGUUUCCAACAGCAGUACAAAUGCAGUGGAGCCGAUUCCAGUGGUCGUAAGACCACCCCGCUGAUGGGCACCUCCUGCAUGCGACGCCAAACAUCUGCAGAGAGUAGCAUAAGUAAUCAAAGCCUGAACCUGGAGGAACCGCCGCCUCCCAUGGGCAAGCAUCAUCACCAUCACAGGGAGCACCAUCAUCGCGACCAUCAUCAUCACCACCGGGAAAGGGAGCGAGAGCGGGAGAGAUCAGCGCUCAAGAAAAAGAAACACCAGCAGCAGGAGAAGGAGCAUCGCGAUCUCAUCGAUUUCAGCGACUGCAGCGAGGACAAAGAGGAGCUGGCGAGGAAUAGGGACGCGGAACAGCCGCCUGGCUUGGUACAACAACUGCUGGACAUGUUCAACCAGGACGAACAGGCCGGUGGAGUUCCAAAUUCCUCUCUCAAUGUGGAACAUCGACGCAUUUCGAUCGAGCAACGCUCAGCCAUCAUAGAUGGUCGGCGGAAUGGAAUCCUGGCGGGCAGUAUGCGGCGCCACCAGAGCUUGAACUACGAGAAUCACGAGAUUAUGUUGAACUCCAUGUUGCCCAAAACCGAUGAUGACAAGCAGGAGAUGCUACUCUGUGCGCAAACCCAGCAGCUGCAACUGGAGGAGCGCCGAGGCUCUGGAGUGGAGGCAUCUGUGGGAGGAGCAGGAGCAGCUGCAGCAGCGGCAGCUGGAGGUUCGGGCCUGAAGCCACCCACCAAAGCCACCGGAGCCAUACCAAAGAGCAUUAGUUUCGAUGCCAGUGCGGACAAGGAGAAGCAGCCGUAUCAUCGCGACAGGGAGCGCGAUCGCGAAAGGGACAGGGAGCGGGAACGCGAUCGAGAAAGAGAUCGCGAACGGGAUCGCGAGCGGGAUCGGGACAGGGAUCGAGAUCGGGAGCGUGAUCACCACGGUGCUGGCAUAUUCAACAAACUGAAGAUGACAAACAUCUUCAAGAAUCGCCGCGGCACUAGUGCCAAGAGUCCCGGCAACGCCAGCAGUCAGGCCAAUCCCGUGGCCGGCACUUCUAGUGCACAGGCGGACAUACGCAGCGUUAGCUUCGAUCCCAGUGCCGGAUGCGUUAAUUUCGCCACCCACUAUUGUGAUACGAGCGAGGACAUCCUGGCCAAGUACCGCCGCAAGGUGAGCAGCUCCAGCGAGGCCACCAACUCGGAUUCCACAGGGAAUGGCCAUGGAGGAGGAGGGUCGGCGGCAACCGGCGGAGCAGCCUCUCAUCUGCAUAAGCACAUGAAUGGAGGGCAAAUCCCUGGCGUGGCAUUUGGCAGCGUGAAGCAGAAACUCCGUACGGUGCUCUCGCGGACGGAUUUGCACAGCGGCGAUUUCCGGCAGACCUCGACCACGAGCACCACAAUGGCCACACCGCUACAGAUCUACCUGCAGAUCCAGCUGGCUCAGUGCAUCAGCCUGCAGCGACUACCUCAAAUCUCGCACGUGGCCGAGGCCCUGCGUUGUUUGGCUCAACUAGAGCGACCCCAGCAUGGCCAGCUGCUGGCCGAACUGCAGCGGGAUCUGGAGCGAAGGCAGAGCUACCUGCAGUACCUGAUGCGACACAGGCAGCAGCUGCUGCUCCGCACCGAGCAACUGGAGCAGCUGGAGGCACGGUUGCGUGGCGAGGCGCGCAGUAGCCAGAGAUGCUUGCUGCAGGCUCUGGUCAGAAUGUAUUUGGCCUGGGCCCGGCAGCAGGAGAAGCUAGAGAAGUUCCAAACCGAGUUUGGUCAGCUGCGGGCCAGCGAUGAGCGCGUCGAGCUCACCGAGGAGUUCGUCGAGUCCCUGCUGCAGGAGCUGCGCUCCAGUGCCGAUCUCCAGGACGAGUGGCAGGUGGACGCGGCUCGCGUGGCCAUUGAGCGAAUGCUGCUGGAGCAGAUGUACGAGCAGGUGAUGUUCCCCAACGAGGAUGCCGAUGUUUCACGCGACGAGGUGCUCUCCGCUCACAUUGGCAAGCUGCAGCGGUUCGUGCAUCCCGCCCAUCCGGCACUGUGCAUUGCCCAGGAGUACCUGGGCGAAGCUCCGUGGACGUUCGCCCAGCAGCAGCUGUGCCACAUGGCCGCCUACAAGACGCCGCGCGAGAAGCUGCAGUGCAUCAUCAACUGCAUCUCGAGCAUCAUGAGCCUGCUGCGGAUGUCCAGUGGUCGCGUGCCCGCUGCGGAUGAUCUGCUGCCCGUGCUCAUAUACGUAGUGAUAAUGGCCAAUCCCCCCUAUCUGCUGUCCACCGUGGAGUAUAUCAGCUGCUUCCUGGGCAAGAAGCUUGAGGGCGAGGACGAGUUCUACUGGACGCUCUUCGGAUCCGUGGUGAAGUUCAUCAAGACCAUGGACUAUCUGGACUAGCGGUAUUUGUAUAGGGCUUAGGUGGCUGUAUCUGUAGAUUUGUUUAGCGCUUUGUUGUAGGCAUUACACCUGUUCCCCCCGCCCCACUUCUCCACUCGAUAUUUUCUAUAUUUAUAUGUAACUAUAUCUGUGUCUGAUAUUUGUGUAAAAAAAAGAAACUUGUUAAACCCUAGGCUAAGUCCACAACUGCGGCAGAAGAGACAUAAUCCAAGUCAAAGCGACCCGAGUACGACGAAUCAAUGUGAAAUGCCAAUGCUGAAGAAGAUGUCUAGGUUUAGGUUAACAUUGAACGCUAGAAGGCCUCGCCUUAUGGGUAUCCAUGAUAUAUAUAUAGUGAAGUAGAGAACAUAUUCUUCUAUUUAUAUAUACACGUACAUAGAUAUAUGCAUGUUUAUCGGAUCGGUCUAGCCACUGUCAUAAGUAUGUUUCGGAAACGAACUGCAACUUAAUAUUCCUUAUUGUGUAACACAAAAUAAAAAACCAAUAUAAUUUCAAA